GCGGUUAGGAGGAAGAGAGGAUGGGAAUAGAGGGCCGUGUGCAAACCGCGUGUGGCGCAGAGGAGAGAGGAGGGGCCGACAACAAACAGAAGCAGUCACGUAGCAGAGGUUGUAGGACUUUGCGGAGAUGAGCAGUAAUGAGUGUUUUGGAUGCGGCCGCACAGGCCACUGGAUCAAGAACUGUCCCAACGCCGGACGUGGUCGGGGCAAAGGUCGUGGCAGGGGUAAAGAUCUGUUCUGCUAUCGCUGUGGAGAACCUGGUCACGUGGCCAGAGACUGUGAGCGGACUGAGGAUGCAUGUUAUAACUGUGGGCGUGGAGGCCACAUCUCCAGAGACUGUAAGGAGCCAAAGAAGGAGAGGGAACAGGUGUGUUAUAACUGUGGCAAGGCUGGCCAUGUGGCCAGGGACUGCGACCAUGCCAACGAGCAGAAGUGCUACUCCUGUGGAGGCUUUGGACACAUCCAGAAGGGCUGUGAGAAGGUUAAGUGCUACAGGUGUGGGGAGAUUGGCCAUGUUGCGGUUCAGUGUAGCAAGGCCAGCGAAGUCAACUGCUACAACUGUGGCAAGUCUGGUCACCUGGCGAAGGAGUGCACCAUCGAAGCCACAGCCUAGUGGUCGCCUCCUCUCGUACGCCCCUCCUUUUUCUCAUUGAUGGUUGUAAUAUUAUCUGGCACACGGACCCGGGGCUGUGGAGGCUCGGCCCAGACCCGCCCGCUCUGCCUUGUAGAA